AUUGAUGGAGAGUAUUUAAGAUUUAAAAAGCUUGAUGUACAGUUAUAUAUUUAUAUUAUAGUGGCCAUGAUUUUAAUGCAGUGAAUUUUAGUAAAUAUAUGAUAAGCAAUGAUUUUUCUGAUGUUGAUUAAUUAAUUAAAGAUUGUCGAUUAGAGAGUUCAGGUCAAAGAUUCAAUCUUUGGAGACUUUUUUUAAGGUAAUUGAGAAUGAAUAACUUAGAAUAUAUUCAAAAGAAGAUUCAUUUUAAGAAAAAAUAUAAAAGCUAAUGAAGUUCAGAGAAAAUUAUAAAGAAUUAGAAAAUAAACAUUUGAAAAAUUAGAAUACAGCAACUUAAAAUAAAACUGAAGAAUCAACAAAAAAAGGACCAUUAGGAGGUCCUCUUGGAGGUCCAUUAGGUGGUGGUAAAUAAAAAUAAUAGUCAUCAAAUGCAAUUGAUAAUAUAGAAUUAAGAAAUGAAAUAAGAAAAGAUGUUGAAAGAACAUAUUAAGAAUUUGAAUUUUUUUCUUCAAAACGAAUUUAAUAGAUACUUACAACAGUAUUAUUCAUUUGGUGUAAGGAGAAUAGUGAGAUAUCUUAUAGACAAGGUAUGAAUGAGAUUGCAGCUUCAUUAAUAUAUAUUUAUACUAAGGAAGCAUUAUACAAGGCAGAAGUUGAAAAAUAUGAAGAAGUAACUUACAAUAAAAUUACUAGGCAACUGAAGAAGAAAUUAAUAUUCUCUUAUAAUUCAAUUCUUGGGAUUAUGCUGAACCUGAUAUUUAUACUUUAUUUACAGCUUUAAUGAAUGAUGCUUAACAUAUGGAAAUGUUUAGACCAAAUUAUACGGAAUAAUAGAAAAUUAAACUUUAAAGCAAAAAACCUAGUGCAAUUUUAACAAGAGUUGCAAAGUUAUAAGAUAUACUAUUAAAAUAAGUUGAUUUAUAAUUAUUUCGACAUCUUAAACUUCUUCAAGUUGAAUUCUAAAUAUUUUUAUUGAAAUGGAUAAGGUAAUUAUUUAUUUAUUAUAUAUUUUUAGAUGUAUGUUUACAAGAGAAUUGUCAUUAAUGGAAUCAUUUCAUGCAUGGGAUGCAAUAUUUUAGGAUUUCCUUACAUAAUAAACUGAAACUCUAUUUUUUGUAGAUUGUAUAGCUAUUGCAAUGAUAAUUUAUUUAAAAAAUCAGUGUAAGACAAUAUUACUAGUAUUUUAGUAAUGGAAAAUGAAGAAUCAAGUCAAUGUUAUUAAAGAUUUCUAAAGUUUCCAAAAAUAGAAAAUCUUUCAAAUUUAUUAGAUACAGCUACUUAAAUUAGAAAUAUAUUGAUAUUACAAAAAUCUUCAAAUAAUUUAGAUGACAAUGUUGAGAUAGUUGAAAAAUAAGAAAAAUUAAUAAAUCCUGCUUGUUUUAUUGGUUCUGAAAAAGCAGAAUCAGAUACCAAAAAUAAAAGUCGUGAAUAAUAAUCCUAACCAAUUUAAGGAAAACCUUAAGUGAUUUAAUAAUAAGUUUCCCAAAAUGAUGAUGAAUAAUCUUAAUCAACAUAACAAUAAUAAUAGAUAAUAGAAAAAUAACCUAUUAAGCAACAAGAUUCAUAACAGGUAUUUUUUGAUGAAAAGAUUAUGCAAACAAACACUAAAGCUUAUAGAACAUAAUUUAUUGUUGAAGAAAAAGUUUAAUAAAAAGAAUCUAAAUAAGAAAACGAAAGUAAACAAAAAUCAAUAAAAUUAUCUAUAAAAGCUGUUUAAGAUAUAUGUUCAACAAUAGAGGAAGCAUUCAAUGUGAUUAAAAAAAGCAAUGAAAGGUAAUAAUAUAUAAUUAUAAAUCUAGUUAAAAUCAUUAAGAAUUGAUAAUUAGUUUGGCUGAAUUAAAAUAAUACUUAUCUAAGUAGAUAAAUGAAACUGAAGAAAAGUCUGGAAAUUAAUAAGAUGAAUGUAAUUAAAAUAAAAAUGGUGGAUUUGUAAUUAAAAAAUAAAUUACAGGAUAAUCAUCUAAUUAAGAAGAUAAUGGAAUUAAAAGCAAGAUGGCAGGCUUCUUUAAGAAAUGGUGA